GCGGCUGCCCCACCAACGAAGCCCAUCGAUGGCGGGCAGUGACAGCAAAAGCCCAAACACUUUCUCGAGAAUUCCACGUCACAUCGCUCUAUCGCCGUCGCGCACCUCUCAGCCACCUCGUAGCCAGCUCUUUUCUUGAUCAGACAAGCCACGUUCGAGAAACCGCAAAGAUGUCCGACUUCAACGCCAUCGCUCAGCAGUUCGUCCAGUUCUACUACAAGACCUUCGAUGAGAACCGCGCUGGUCUCGGUGCCCUUUACAAGGAGACUUCUAUGCUCACCUUUGAGGCGCAAGGAACUCAGGGUUCAGCCGCCAUUGUAGAGAAGCUCCAGAACCUGCCAUUCCAGCAGAUACAACACCGUACCGACACCGUCGACGCUCAGCCUUCGGCCGAUGAUGGUAUCCUUGUGCUCGUCACUGGCGCGCUUUUGCUUGCGGGCGAGGACAAGCCAAUGAGCUUCACCCAGGCCUUCCAGCUCAAGAACGCUGAGGGCAACUGGUUUGUUCUAAACGACGUUUUCCGCCUCGUAUACCCCGCCGCGUAGGCCAUCCACUCGCUCUUGAGCUUGACUUCACCAUACCGGUGACUUCGGGGGCAUGCAUAGAGAGUCACUGAGUCUUAGCGACUUUGAACACGACUGACGCGAUUUUCUUACGAGUUUUGAGCAUUUUGGCGGAGGCAACAUGGGUGCGGAUGGGAUCGAGGAUCGAUGCUUGACGCAGUCGUCUUUGGGAGUGUAGCUACUCACGAGUUCUACACAGGUAGAUUGAGCUAAAUCUUCAGAAUCGACAUUGCCUUCUUUG